GCGGUGUUCGCCUCGUUUUCGUUUUCCCUUCAUCUAUAGAUCUGUUUUGUGUUGAACCACAGCAUACUCGUAUCCGUAAUUUAGAGUGUCCAACCGAUAAUGGCGGCCAGUAACGGUAAUUCAAAAAUGACCCAACAGGGCAAUGUGUUCGACUCCAAUGCCAUGACGCUGACGCGUUUUGUGCUCCAGGAGCAGAAAAAGUUCAAGAACGCGACUGGGGAUCUGUCCCAGCUUCUCAACUGCAUCCAGACGGCGAUCAAGGCGACGGCAUCGGCGGUGCGGAAGGCUGGUAUUGCCAAGCUCCAUGGCAUUGCCGGGGAUGUGAAUGUCCAGGGCGAGGAGGUCAAGAAGCUGGAUGUGCUCUCCAACGAUCUGUUCAUCAACAUGCUCAAGUCUUCCUACACCACCUGCCUCAUGGUAUCCGAGGAGAACGAGCAUGUGAUCGAGGUGGAGACAGAGAAACAGGGAAAAUACAUUGUCUGCUUCGAUCCACUGGACGGAUCCUCCAACAUAGACUGCCUGGUGUCGAUUGGCUCCAUCUUUUCCAUAUACCGGAAGAAGAGCGAGGGCGUGCCCACCGUCGAGGAUGCCCUACAGCCGGGAAACCAGCUGGUGGCCGCCGGCUAUGCUCUGUACGGCUCUGCCACGGCCAUAGUCCUCGGACUGGGAACGUCGGGAGUGAACGGCUUUACAUACGAUCCGGCCAUUGGCGAGUUCAUCCUCACUGACCCCAACAUGCGCGUCCCUGAGAAGGGAAAGAUAUACUCGAUCAACGAGGGCUAUGCCAGCGACUGGGAGGCGGGAGUGUUCAAUUAUGUGGCGGCAAAGAAGGAUCCCACCAAGGGCAAGCCCUACGGUGCCCGCUACGUGGGCUCCAUGGUGGCCGAUGUCCAUCGCACCAUCAAAUACGGCGGCAUCUUCAUCUACCCCGCCACAAAGUCCGCACCAAAUGGAAAGCUGCGUCUGCUCUACGAAUGCAAUCCCAUGGCCUAUCUAGUGAUCCAGGCCGGCGGCCUGGCCAGCGACGGAAAGAUCAGCAUCCUAGACAUUGUCCCCAAGAAGAUACACGAGCGCAGUCCCAUCUUCCUCGGCUCCAAGGCGGACGUUGAGGAGGCGCUCAGCUACUUAAAGUGACUUUUACUUUUGUAAUUUAUAAAUACACCCAACACAAGUUUGAUAUUUUGUACCUAAA